CACGAACGCUGAAGCAACGAAGCUUCCUUCUGGUUGGGACCGAUCCAGUCUGACGGGUCACGGUUCGACGGUAGUUCAUCCGCCCUCGAGUGAAUUGGGUAACUUGCAGCGGUUCACGAGACCGCCGGGCGGAUACCGAGCAUGCACCGAGUGACGCGAUCCAUCGUGGGCCCGAGAUCGGACCGUCACUCGGUCGAGUAAAUAAAGCUCCGAGUCCCGUCCUCUCGCGCUGAUAAGGUUUCCAAUUGCUUGAUCUUUGACGACGAUAGCUUCUCUCCUGAACCUGGGCCUCUACUACCAAGCAACACCAGGCAGACGUAGCAAUCGAGGCAAGAUGACGCUUAUCAAAGAGCCAAUCACGGAGCCGGUGAACAUCGCCGACGUCCAUAAGAUCGCGCAACAGAAGCUCGCCAAGCCAGUAUGGGAUUACUACGUGACCGGCGCCGAUGACGAGUACACACUCGCGCGGAAUCAUGAAGCCUACAACGACAUCCUCCUCCGACCUCAAAUGCUUCGCAACGUGAGCGACAUUGAUACCUCAACCACAAUCUUCGGCAAACGUUACGAUAUCCCGAUCGCGAUCGCACCGAGCGCCUAUCAGAAACUAGUCGGCGGGGAGGGCGAGCUCGACGUUGCUCGCGCCGCGUUCAACCUCGGAACCAACCUCACACUAUCAAGCAACGCCACGACUUCUCUCGAGGAUGUCUCAGCAGCAAUCCCUCAGCGCGGCCCAGAUUACCCCCGUCCUUGGUUCCAGCUCUACUUCCUCGGCAGCCGAGAUCUCACGGCGAAGCUCAUCAAGAGAGCCGAGAACGCGGGGUACGAGGCCUUGGUCCUGACAGUCGACACUGUUAUCUUGGGCAACCGCCUGCAAGAACGGAGAACCCCUCUGGAGCUCCCUCCAGGAAUUGCUAUGGCCAAUGUUGAGUCGCGCAAGUCCGGAGCCAUUUCCACAGCCGGUCUGCUCUUGCGCGCUAAGACGAUGGCGGAGCACAAGAAGAUCCAAGAAGAGAACCACGACCAUCUCGUCGACGCCAGCUUGGAGUGGAACGAGGUUAUUCCUUGGCUGAAGUCGCAAACCAAGAUGAAGAUCAUUUUGAAGGGAAUUUUGACUGCGGAAGAUGCGCAAAGAUCAGUAGAGGCUGGCGUAGACGCCAUCGUUGUGUCAAACCACGGUGGGCGCCAACUUGACGGUGUGCCGUCGACAAUUGAGGCGUUACCUGAGAUCACGGACGUUGUGAGAGGCAGGAUCCCAGUCAUUGUCGACGGCGGUAUCACAAGGGGAACCGAUGUGUUCAAGGCCCUCGCCCUCGGCGCCGAUCUGGUUCUCAUCGGCAGAACUGCACUGUGGGGAUUGGCUUGGGAUGGCCAGAAGGGAGUCGAGGGAGUUCUCAACAUCCUCGAGAGAGAGUUGACAAGAGCUAUGGCACUGAUGGGAACCGCAAAGCUCAAGGACAUCUCAAGAGGUCUGCUUGGACGGGCCAGGCAGAACGGGUUCGGUGUUGCGAAGCUAUAGAUAUGGGUGUUUCAUCCUUUCAUGGAGUAGUCAUGACCCAGGCAAGAUAAUCUUAGAUUGGAUUUUGUUUGCUUUCUAGCCAAGCCUCAACGUAUUAGACGAUAGAUCAAUGCCAAUUUCAUUCAUUCUG